UACUGUCGAGCUGCGAGCCCUUUUCGCCGGGCCACUUGUUGAGCUUGCCCUGCGUGGCUUCCACGCCUGCGAGCCAACCUGCGCGCUCCUCGGGAGACGUGCGUCGGGACGGGGCGGCCUCGCCGCUUGGCGCGUCCGUGUCCCUCACCGCCGGGUGGGUGACUCAUCUCGCCUCUGAAUGGCAGCCCGGAGCUUUAUAACGGCGGCGGGGGCUCGGCAAUCGCUGGCCGCGGGACGGAGGCAGAGAGAGAGAGAGAGAAAGAGGCAGAGCCCCGGGGAGCGCUAGGGAGAGAGAGAGAGAGAGAGAGAGAGAGAGAGGGCUGCAGCCGCGAUGAGGAGUCUCCGCUGCGCCCCUUUCCUCCUCCUGCUCCUCUCCGCGGGGGACUCGGCUGUCAUCACUGGGGCUUGCGACCGAGAUCUGCAGUGUGGCGGAGGCAUGUGCUGUGCCGUCAGUCUCUGGAUUCGAAGUCUGAGGAUGUGUACACCAAUGGGCGACUUGGGAGAGGACUGUCAUCCUUUGAGUCACAAAAUUCCGUUCCGUGGAAGGAGAAUGCAUCACAGCUGCCCAUGCUUACCUAACCUGGCAUGUCUCCGGGUUUCGCCUACCAAAUACAAAUGUUUAUCAGAUUUCACAAAUGAAGAUCUCUUUUUUUAGCACUAUAUAUAUAUAUGGUGAUAGAUUUUGUGGCGUUGCUUAUUUCAUGUACUAAAAACCCUUGUAAUAGUGAAAAAAAUGUUUGCCAGAGGAAAUUUGUAAACAUACUUUCUCUCCUUGUAAAUAUUAAUAUUAUUAUUACUAUAUUUGAUAGCAGCUAUGGUGAUUAUUUUUGCUAGAUGUUUAUCUGGAGUUGUUUGUAUGAACUUGUGACCUGCCAGUCUGGAUGCAUCAGGCAUGUAUGGCAGACUGCGAGACACCCAAUAAACUUCCUGGCUUUCUUGCCUGAGGAAGGAAGGAAACAGUGUCAAGAAACUAACUGGCAGUCCUCGAUGCAUGGCAUAUGGACCGAAUUUAGGUUGCUGGGUCACAAACUGCAAGCAAGUACUAAAGGAAUAGUAUGGUGAGCUCUUCUCUCCUAAAAUAUGGCUUUUCAAAGAGGGCUUAACAGGUUGCACGUCUAGGGCACUGGACAUCCAGAACUGCCAUGUCAAUUUGCAUCAAUUGAAUUCAGAUUUUUCUGCAAGUACUCAACUUGACUGAAAAUAUUUUGUAUAAUAUAAUACACAUGAAAAGAGAAAGGAAGCACAUUCAUCUGUGACUCAUUCACUGUCCUGUCUCCUCUUCUACGAGAAAGAAUAAAGCUCCGGAAGGAUGCCAGAAUUCAGGUAGAACAAACUGGCAGAACAAAUUUGGCUCAUGGGCUGGAGCUUUUAUCCCUGACUUUAAGGAAUCUUAACAAUUACUCAAUGAAUAUGAGAAGAGAAAGAUUUAUUUUGAAUUUUAUCUAGCCUAAAUUAAGAACUUGUCUGAAACUAUAUGUAUGAAGGGUACUUUCUAUUUUAAAAAAAUCAGUAACCUUUGGAAUGGAAGUACCUGGCUUCCUGUUAUGUAAAUAUAUUGAUACUGCUAUGCAAAAAUUCUGUAUCAGAAUAAUGGCAGUACAGCAUUAUAUUUAUUUAAGAGCUUAUUAUUAUUAUUAUUAUUAUUAUUAUUAUUAUUAUUAUUAUUAUUAUUAUUAUUAUUACACAGUGGUCUUUGCUUUUUAUUCUAUAAAAUUUACUACCAACAUAAAACUAAGUAAUUAUACUUGUGAAUAAGAGUUCUGAGGACAGUAACAAAUCUAAAAGAUGCUGAGGGCCCUUACACAGAGCCAUAUAACCUAGAAUAUCAAGGCAAAAAAUCCCAUAAUAUCUGCUUUAAACUGAGUUAUCUGAGUCCACAAUGUCAUAUAUUCCAGUUCAAAGCAGAAAAUGUGGGAUUUUAUUCAGCUGUGUGGAAGGGGCCCAAGAUGAAUGAUUUUCCUCGACUUAGGUUUUUGAGAAACCUAGAAUCAUGACAAAUUGCAAAAUUUUGUGACCUUUUAAUUAUUUUCUUAGCUCCCUGUUUUUGUUAACCAAAACCAAAAAAGAAAACGAACAGAAUAAUUGUGUAUUCUAUCCUUAGAAGUAAGUCUUCUUCAAUGCAAUGGAGUUCAGCUUACCUUAACCUAAAGGUGCAUCUACACUGCAGUACAAUGCUAUAGAAUCAUAGUACAGUAGAGUCUCACUUAUCCAAGCCUCGCUUAUCCAAGUUUCUGGAUUAUCCAAGCCAUUUUUGUAGUCAAUGCUUUCAAUAUAUCAUGAUAUUUUGGUGCUAAAUUCGUAAAUACAGUAAUUACAACAUAACAUUACUGCGUAUUGAACUCCUUUUUCUGUCAAAUUUGUUGUAAAACAUGAUGUUUUGGUGCUUAAUUUGUAAAAUCAUAACCUAAUUUUAUGUUUAAUAGGCUUUUCCUUAAUUCCUCCUUAUUAUCUAAGAUAUUCGCUUAUCCAAGCUUCUGCCGGCCCGUUUAGCUUGGAUAAGUGAGACUCUACUGUAUUUGUAGUUUCAUGAAGGGAAGGCUAAAGACUUUGUAAAACUACAACUCCCAGAAUUCAAUAGCAUUGAACCAUGACGAUUAAAGUGGUGUCAAACCUCAUUAAUUCUACAGUGUAGAUGCACUCCAAGUGGUAUAGAAUUGCAUCUUAAAGAAUUUUGUUCUUUGCAAUGUCCAUCCCCCCCCCCCAUUUCCUUAGUAUAUCUUCCUUAGUAAUGAUUAGCAAAUGUGAGACUAUUUAGAUAAAUAUAAUUUCUCGUAAUUCAUGAACAAUUGUUACAAGUUCUAUUGGUUUUUUAAUUCAUAUGGAACGUGUCCAAAAGACUGGUAAAAUGUGAGAAGUUCCUAUGUCAAUAAACAGUUCCACCUAUGCCCAGUAGUAAGGGUCUAGUAUCAAUGCUAUGAAGGAGCUCCAAGAAAGUCAUCACAAGCAAAUUAGAAGGUUUUUUCUGAGAUAUAUCAUUUUAGCAUGGUAUAUUUGCAUGUUUACCAUUAAGCAACAUGUUCUGCAUGUGGAAAAGCAAUGCUUACAAGCUUGGUUUCCUGGUGUUAGAAUAUCGUUAUAAUGAGGAAUUCCAGAAGUGUUUUUGACACUAGUAUUUUUGAUUGCACAAACUGACUGAAAUGAUUGAUUAAUUAUAACUUAACUGCGAUUUUUCUUACCAGUAUAUUUGAAGACAAACAAAAGAUAACAUGGUCAAUUAAGUUGGUUGCUGUGAGUUUUCUGAGCUGUAUGGCCAUGUUCCAGAAGCAUUCUGUCCUGACGUUUUGCACAAAUCUAUGGCAGGCAUCCUCAGAGGUUGUGAAGUCUAUUGGAAACUAGCCAAGUGGAGUUUAUAUUAUCUGCGGAAUCUCCAGGUUGGUAGAAAGAACUCUUGUAUGGUGGACGCAAGUGUGAAUGUUGCAAUUGGCCACCUUGAUUAGCAUUUAAUGGCCUUGCAGCUUCAAAGCCUGGCUGCUUCUUGCCUAAGGGAAUCCUUUGUUCGGAGGUGUUUACUGACCCUGAUUGUUUCUUGCCUGGAAUUCUCUUAUUUUCUGAAUGUUCUUUAUUUACUGUCCUGAUUUUAGAGUUUUUUAAUACUGGUAGCCAGAUUUUGUUCAUUUUCAAGGUUUCCCCCUUUCUGUUGAAAUUCUCCACAUGCUUGUGGAUUUCAAUGGCUUCUCUGUGUAGUCUGACAUGGUGGUUGUAAGAGUGGUCCAGCAUUUCUAUGUUCCCAAAUAAUAUGCUGUGUCCAGGUUAGUUCAUCAAGUGCUCUGUUAUGGCUGACUUCUCCGGUUUGUCUGCAGUGUCUUUCAUGUUCCUUGAUUCAUGUUUGGGCACUGUGUUUGGUGAUCCCUAUGCAGACUUGUCUACAGCUGCAUGGUAUACGGUGGAUCCUCAGGCAAGAAGCAGGCAGGCUUUGAAUCUGCAAUGCCAUAAAAUGCUAAUCAAGCUGGCAAAUCGCAACAUUCACAGUUGCCUCAAACAGACAAGAGUUCUUUCCCCCACCCUGGACUUUCGACAGAUAUAUAAAAUCCCACUUGCCUAGUUUCCAACAGACCUCACAACCUCUGAGGAUGCCUGCCAUAAAUGUGGGCACAACUUCAGGAGAGAACGUUUCUGGAAUAAUGACCAUACAGCCCUUAAAAGUCACAGCAACCCAGUAAUUCCGGCCAUGAAAGCCUUCAAUAACACAUGGUCAGAUCACAUUUAAUAACAAAUCAUUCAUAUAAUGAAGGAUUGUAUCUAGAAAAUCUCUGGAUGCUAGAAGCCAGACCAAGGUUUAUAGGAAAGCUGAAAACUCCAAAAUCUUUACUAGACAACCAAUUAUGACACCAUUGGAUAGAGAUUCAUUAACUCCCUCUGCCUUAUUAUCAGUUCUAAAACAGAAUUAGUACAUCAGGGUUAUUUUACUCUUGAAUUGUCUAAAGUCAUGUUGGUGCUUUCCCCAAAUAAAACCAUUUAUUGGGAUCUUUUGUGGUUGUCCCUGGAUUAAUUACUUCUUCGACAUUAUGAAAUCAUGUAGUACAUGCUGAUAUAACUUUUCUUCAGCUUUUGAGAUGUAUUGUAUGUUGUUUUCAAUAUUAUGUAAAGAGACUCAGAAGCCCCAACUUACAAUAAACGUUAAAAAGUGGAACAGCAA